UGAUAUAUUAUUAUGUAACAAUUGUGUGGUUGCUUAAUGAUGCUAAUGUGGUUGUACAAUUUUCGUCAAUAUCCAUGAGCAAUAUUUUUGUACUUUUCAAUGAGUUAUAAAUUCGGUACCUUACCUUUCGUAAGAUGACCACUACCGUGACCAAAAAGUUUUCUUUUUUAUUGAUUAAUAGUCUACAUUGAAUCAUUGUCUAGAGAUAUUUUGAUUUGGGUGACUCGAGUAAUCUUUUUUUAUAAACCCGGUUAAAGAUGAUGGGAAAUGAGAAUAAAGAAGAGUCAUCGGGUCAAGAAGAUUGUUUUCAAUCGUACGGCUCAUUAUUAGAACGAAACCAAGAAAAACUAUUUAAUAUCUCUCACAAAGUUUUGAACUUUGGUUUACGGAAAAUUAAUAUUAAUAAAGAGAUAAAAUAUAAUGGGGAUGAUUUUUCAAAAAAUGUGAUUCAAUGUUCAAAGUAUCCUAUUUUAGAUUUUAUAAAUCGUAUAGUCUGCUGUAUCACACAACUACCUAGUAAUGUAGCGUUUCUACUUAUUUUCUUUUGUUUGGAGACUUUGCAUUGCGUGAGUGCAACUUAUUAUUUUCCUAAAAAAGCUUUUUUUCAAAUUUCACCCAAUUGUGUUUGGUUGAUUCUUCUUCACGGUAUAAUUUAUUGCUCUUGUGAAGCGUAUCGAUGGUAUAUACAAUUUAAUGUCACCUGUAAACAAAAUACAAGAUCAUGUGAGGUAUUUUGUGUCUCUGCGAAACGCUUUAAAAGAACUCAAUGGACGUCACUUUGUGCUGGACAAAUUAUACGUUUUAGCAAUAAAGAAAUGGUUCCCGCUGAUGUCAUUCUUUUGGCUAGCUCACAUUUAGAUGGACUCGUUUUCAUUGACACUCAUUUGAUUGAUGGUGGAACACAUUUUAAAAAAAAGUAUGCAGUGAAAGAAACUCAAGGUGACACAAAAUUUUCAAUUUGCUCUUCUAUUCGGGGCCGGUUAAUGUGUGAAGCUCCCAAAGGUCGCUCUGAAACUUUCAAAGCAACUUUAAGUCUGGAUGGUCAUCCCCGUGUUGCCUCAUUAGAUUAUCGAUGUUUUGUUUCUCAAGGCUCAAUUAUAUGUGGAUGUGAUUGGGUUCUGGCUGUGGUGGUUUAUACGGGGCAUGAAACUCGAGUUUCAUUACAAAACGUACCCUUUCUUCCAUUUUAUGCACGCCCUAAUUCAAUGGAAGAAUGUGCUUUAUCUAAAGCAGCUCUUUACGUUGUAUUUGUUUGCUUUCUUAUAUGGUUAGUAUUAUUAUAUCUUGGAUUUUUUUAUACUCCUCAUAAAACAAGUUUUACCGCGUUUGGGGGUUUAGAAACAAUGUUGGUGGAAAUUAUUUUGGAGCAUCUUAAAAUUUUAGUCUGUGUUUUUCCUCUAUUUUUAUCCGUGCUUCGUUACAUUGCUUCUUUUCUUCAAACAUUCACAACUCUAGCUGGUAGCAAAGCAGAUGAAGAAAACUUUACACAUGUUUAUAAUUCCAAUACGUGUUCGCUCCUAGGGCAAGCGGAUUUCCUUAUUACUGAUAAAACGGGAACAUUAACAAAUGGUCAGCGUAUGUCAUUUGCGUGUUUAUUUAUUGAGGGGCGCGUGUAUGGGGAGCUGGCUUUAACAAAAAAUGGAACCUCCAAUCAAGUGAAGAGUUCAACAGGUUCUUUUAAAGAAAAACCAUCAAAACUUGUUAAAAAAAAAACAAAAGCGAUCAAACAAAAAAAUUUAAUUUUUCAUUUAACCUAUUUUUUAUCAAGCUAUUUUUCUAAUAAAUAUAAUAAACAAAAAUCCAAAAUAUGGAAAUUUAUUCAUUUAACCUGUAAAAAAAAUAAAAAAAAUAAAAUACAACAUUUCAAAAAAAAAUUGAUCCAUAACCAAAACAAUUCAAUAUCUUAUAAACAUCAAAUGUUUCCCCUUCGUUCACCCGCAGCGUCCGUGCGCAUGUUAUAUCCGAAAUUUUCAUCCAAACCAUUAGUAAAUAAACGAUGUUUCUCAUGUCCUAGUAUUAUCAUAUCUCAUACAACAAGGAUAAACAAGUCCAAAAAGCGUACCAGAUCUUUUCAGUCCUUUCCAAGUUAUUUAGCUUCGCGCACUGAAUUCUCAGAUACGCGGAUUCUUGAUGACCUUUGUAAAAAGAAUGUUCGCAGUACCUCUAUACAAAAUAUGCUUCUUGGUAUGUCGUUAUGUAAUAGUGUGGCAACAACAAGUGAUGCGUUAAUGUAUCUACUGAAAUCUUCUAUGAAUAAUGAACAUCAUACGGUGGAACAAAGGGAUUCUUUAUGUAAUUUUCCUUUUUCACAAACCCAUUCAAGUAUAGAAAUUCCAUUGGAUGAGUCAAUUUGGACAUCUUCUAGACAUCCACAAUUAACAGAUGAGAUUUUAUGGUCUUCUUCAAUUUUAUGGAAAGAAGAAGCGGCUUCGUUUUUACGAUAUCAUGCAGAGUACCCUGAAGAAGAGUGUUUACUGGCUGGAUGCACGUCGAUAGGUUUCCGCUUAUUAUGGCGUUCUCCUUCCCUUAUUAUUCUUGAGCGACGGGGCAAAAUUUUAAAAUACGAAGUUUUAGGGUAUAAUGCAUUUGACUCAUCUCGUCAACGCAUGUCUAUCGUUGUUCGUUUAGAAAACACUGAAAAUGUGUAUCUUUUUUGUAAAGGAUCAGACAAUGCCGUUUUGCCAUUAUGUUCGCGUUUGUCACAAUGUGAUAAUCAUAAAAAGAUAGACCGAAUCCGACGUUAUAUUCGUUAUUUUUCUCAAAACGUUUGUUUCCUUGUUCUUAUUGAAUCCAUCAUAUUCCAUUGAAACA